AUGGAAGAUCCGUUUGAAAAAUACAAUGACAAUACAUUUUUGAAACGUUAUCGAUUUCCAAAACUGAUUGUCAUGGAUCAGUUAUUAGAUUUAUUAGGAAUUAACUAUGCCAAUAAUCGAGGAUUGCCUAUAUCUCCAGUUCUACAGUUAUUGACAACAUUACGAUUUUAUGCAACAGCAAACUUUCAAACUGUUUGUGGAGACUUGAGAGGCAUUGAUCAGAGUACUGUAUCUAGAAUUAUUAAAAGAGUUUCCCAUGAGACUGCUAGUCGUUUUAGAGAUCAUGUAAAGUUUCCUCAAACUGAAGCUGAAUGGACAGUCACUAGACAACAGUUUUUUCAAAUAGCUGGAAUGCCAGCAUAUAAGAAUACAAAAUCCAGGUGGUAUAAAUGGAGAAGUAUUCAGGAAUCGUAA